AUGAAGAUCGAAGGACGCACAUUUAUUGUUUCCGGAGGUGCUUCCGGCCUGGGCCGAGCAUGUGUGGAGGACAUUUGCCGGGCAGGAGGCUAUGCGGCCAUUCUUGAUAUGAACGAUGAGCUUGCCCAGGAAGUGGUGAAAUCAAUUGGUGGCGGCAAGACGAAGUUCUUUGAAGCCAAUGUUUUAGAGACAGAGAGUAUUGCAGCUGCUGUGAAGGGAGCCCUUGAGUGGGUGAAGGAGACCGGCAAGGAGGUCGGUGGAGUCAUUGCCGCGGCAGGAGUUGCAACUCCAGCAAAGGCUAGGAGUUCUAGCCGAGUGAUUAUCGACCGUAACCUCGAGCCAUUCUCCAUGUCCGACUUCGACUUCGUAAUGAAUGUCAACGUCCGUGGCACCAUUGACCUAAUCCGCCAAGUCAUCCCUCAUAUGGCGCGCAGUACACCAGUCGGGUCAGAUGGUGAGCGCGGAAUUAUCGUCAUGGUAUCAUCAGCUGCUGCAUUCGACGGCCAACCUGGUCAAGUAUCCUACUCCGCCUCGAAAGGCGCCAUCGCCUCCCUAACCCUCCCCCUAACACGUGAUCUCUCCCGCUACGGUAUCCGCGUUGUCACUAUCGCUCCUAGCAUCUUCGACUCGAGAAUGACGGCAAUGAUGUCGGACAAAGUGCGCGCCAGUUUACUGCGCACCACGGAAUUUCCACAACGCCCCGGCAAACCUCAUGAGUUCGCACAGCUGGUGACACAGAGCAUCGAGAACAUAAUGCUGAACGGUGUGGUGCUACGCCUAGAUGGCGGUAUGAGGAUGCCAAGUAAGAUGUGA